CCAGCUACCUGUCACUUUCUCCGUGCUUCCAUCCAUGGAGGUUUUCAAAUCUUCAGCACCAACCAACCUCACAAUUCGCCUGUCAACUUCGCCUUUCACUUUCGAAUUCCCAACCAAAGCUUCAACAAAGAGAAUCCAUAUCAAAUUCACCACACCCAGCUUCAUAUUCUACAAGAAUCCGUCUUUUCCAAUCCACUUUCCCUUAUCCAAUACCAGAAGAAAAUUUCUAGUUUUCUCCCAGUUCGGCAGAACAACGAACCGCCGAAACUCGCUGAGAAAGAAGCUCAUUGAAGACCAACAACAGGUGCGUCGAAUUGCCUCUCCUCUAAACCCCGCGGGUUCUGAUAUUCAAAACCCAAACCCUAAUUUUGGCGAUACGGAGAGAUUCGUAGAGAGAAUUAAUCAUGAAAGUGUGGAAAAAGGGUAUGAUUCUAGUGAUAAAGAACCAAAGUCGAAAUCUUUUGGUGAAUCUGUUUUGUUUAACAAAUUGGAGAAUUGGGCUCUGCAGUAUAAGAAAGAUACCGAGUAUUGGGGAAUUGGGUCAAAACCAAUUUUCAUAGUUUUUCUGGACUCUGAUAGUAAUGUCAAAAGGGUUUCUGUUGAUGAAAAUGAAGUAUUGAGGAGAAGUGGAGUGGAGAAAGAAAGCUCAAAAGAGGUGAAUUUGAAAGCUUUGCACGCUAAAACUUUAGCUAGAGAGAUGGAGAGUGGGAAAAAAGAUGUUAUUCCAAGGAAUAGUUCGGUGGCUAAGUUUGUUGUUGUUCAAGGUGAGGAGUCUAGUUUUUUUAAGGCAAUUCAGAGUUUUGCCCAUAGUCCUAAGAUGGUAAAUGAGCUCCCUAGAGUUGGGAUGAUGUUGUUUUACGGUUUCAUUGCGGUGUGGGCAUUGAAAAAGUUGUUUGGUUUCCGGGGUAAAGAGGAGAUAGAGUCAGUAAAGGAAAUGAGGAGGGAGAUAAAAUCGAGAAAGGUGGAAGAGAUGUUGGACAAAGGUAGUGUGGAAGUUGUUCAGAAACCUUUGGAAUUGCCCAUGUUGUCCGGAGAAAAGCCGAGGAUAGAUAAGGAAGAACUUAUGAGGAAUAUCGCGAGAGCAAAAUCGCUGGAUGGGAAUGUGGCUUUACUUGGUUCUUCAAUUGCCCCUGAUGCUAAAUCUGUGGAGUUUGAUGUCAAAAUUCAGGAAAUCAGAAAAAUGGCCAGGGAAGCCCGGGAAAGUGAAGAUGUGAAAAAUGACUUUGUUAAAAUGAAUGGCGUCGAAAAUGAGGUUAUGAGUGAGGAAGGUUACAAGGGAACCGAGAAGGGUAAUGACUAUAAAGAAGAGGAAACAAGGCGUUUGACUAACCCUCUAAAUGGAGAUACUCAACAAAGUAGCAUUGAUCGUAAUGCAUUUCUACUUGAUGAAGUUUUUGGUGGGAAUGGGCGUUCAUCUUCACGUGUAGAAAGUUCAGAUCUUAGGCAAAGCACUAGAAAGGAUCUAAAAGAGAAUGAGGGUGUUGAACAUUUAGCAGAUGAUGGUACUUCUGAGGAACCAAGUGAUUCUAGAGGAAGUUCCGCCCAAGCAAAACCACGGAUCAUAAGAUCAGUGAAAGAAGCUAGGAAGUAUCUUUCUAAAAAGCGUUACAAGCAAGAAGGGGAAGAAGAACCCCAGUUUAAAGCUGUUUCCGAAAGUAAAACCCUUUUAAAUCUACAAAUUGAUAAACAAUAUGAUAGGGAUGCGAAUCAGGAGUUGGGGAUGGAAGAAAAAGUGGUCACAUCUGCCAUUUCAGAUGGGACAUUAGAUUCUUCACCUUUAACAGAUGCUUCCAAAGAUUCUGCUGUGGAAAAUAAGGAAUUCGUUGGAAUCAAGAAUGGGAACACUGAUGUUUGUAAGCAAGGAGAGGAUGAUGUUCCAGAGCAGCAAGGAUCAUUGGAUCAUGAAGGUAAUGGCGUAAAUUCAGAGGUAGGGCCAUCCUUAGAAGAGGAAACCUGGAACGAGAGCAAUUACAAUGAACAUAUUGUGAAGGAAAUUGGAGUUGGCUUUAGAGACAAUUACAUGGUUGCAAGAGAAAAGAAGAACCAACAAUCAAAUACGAAUUCCUCCAUGACGCAACUGGAGUCCAUUGGAGAUGUCAAUGAACUUGAAUGGAUGGAAGACGAUAAGCUUGCUGAGAUUGUUUUUCGAGUUCGAGAAAAUGAGUUGGCUGGGUGGGAUCCGUUUUAUAUGAUGGAUGCCGAAGACAAACAUUCAUUUUUCAAGGGUCUUGAAAAGAAAGUUGAUAGAGAGAACGAAAAGCUGUCAACACUGCAUGAAUGGCUCCACUCAAAUAUAGAAAAUCUAGACUACGGAGCAGAUGGUAUCAGUUUGUAUGAUCCACCGGAAAAAAUAAUACCACGCUGGAAAGGGCCCCCUCUGGAAAAAAUUCCAGAGUUCUUAAAUAACUUCCUAGAACAGAGAAAGGCAAUUUUUGCUGAAAACACUGAGAUUUUAAAUAAUGUGAAGAAGGGUGAGCAGGACUUCCUUCAGAAAUCAGCGGAAUCCCCAUUAGAUAAAAAUUAUGCCAGAUCUCCGGCAGUUAAUGAUCCAAAGAAGAAACUUCAGAGGGGUCAACAAAGUUCCAAGACAAUCAUAGAAGGCAGUGAUGGUUCUGUAAAAGCUGGAAAAAAAUCAGGGAAGGAGGUUUGGCAACACACCAAAAAGUGGUCGCGAGGUUUUCUGGAAUCCUAUAAUGGAGAGACAGACCCAGAAGUUAAAUUCAUUAUGAAAGACAUGGGAAAGGAUCUGGAUCGGUGGAUCACUGAGAAAGAAAUUCAGGAAGCCGCUGAUUUGAUGGAUAAACUACCGGAGAGGAAUAAAGAAUUCAUGCAAAAGAAACUCAAAAAGCUUAAAAGAGAGAUGGAACUAUUUGGACCGCAAGCAGUGAUGAGCAAAUAUCGUGAAUAUGCUGACGAGAAGGAAGAAGAUUACCUGUGGUGGUUAGAUCUUCCAUGUAUACUGUGCAUUGAGUUGUACACGGUUGAAGACGGGGAGCAAAGAAUAGGAUUCUAUUCAUUGGAGAUGGCUACAGACCUUGAAUUGGAACCGAAACCACAGCACGUGAUUUCUUUCGAGGAUGCCAAUGACUGCAAAAAUCUUUGUUAUAUUAUCCAAGCUCAAAUUGAAAUGCUCGGGAAUGGCCAUGCCUUUGUUGUUGCCCGACCGCCUAAGGAUGCUUUUCGGGAAGCGAAAGAGAACGGUUUUAGCGUCACCGUCAUCAGGAAAGGAGAGCUUCAGCUUAAUGUGGACCAAACAUUGGAUGAAGUGGAGGAACAGAUCACAGAGAUUGGGAGCAAAAUGUACCAUGAUGUGAUUAUGCGAGACCGCUCUGUGGAUAUAAGUUCAUUGACGAAGGGUGUUUUCGGUUUCAAAAGCAGACCAACCCGAACUAAGAGAAAAACAUCAAAGAAAAUGCUGAAGAAGCGUAGAAAGAAAUGAAGCUGAUACAUGCGCUUGGACAAGUAACAAGUUAAAGAGGUAACAACAAAAGCCGUUGGCCACGUAAGAAAAAUCCUUGGCUAGAGGGCUUUUUGUUGCUUGCAGUUGCUACGACCGAUUGGAGGAUUCUCGCAAAGAUAAAACAUUGUGGACUUCUGAACUCUGACCAACCUGUUUGGAUUGCUCAAUUUUGCUUUUUUGUGUGAAGAAGAUUGCUUCUUCACACGCUCAUGGGUCAGCUCCCAACUCUGGUUUGUUCGAGAGUCAAGUAAUGCUCUGCUUGUGGGUUAUCUAAUUAAGAGGCUGCUAGUCCUGCCCUUGGUCUAUCAGGCAAUUGGCCGACUGAUUGAGCUGUGUCCUUGAGAUCCACUGUGUCUGUGCAGUCGAUGGGAGCUAAAUCUUCCUUGUCUUCAAGUAUAUGAAUUUUGUAUGUAUAUUAUCUGAUGAGUUAUGGACUCGUUUGGUUCGUUGUGAUUCUGAUUUAUUAACGAGAACUUUAU